UUAAUGAUAUAGUAAGAAGAAAGAGAGAAAAGCUAGUAGGAUAGAUUGAUUCUUUUAUGAAGUGUCCUAACCCCUUCCUGUUUUCUCCUUGUUUAGGUGUGAAGUGUUUCUCUUACUCUACAAGUGUGAUCAGUCUUGCUUUCCUACCUUACAUGUUUGCACAGAGUAAUAUUGUCAUUGGAAGUCUGCCGUUGCAAAUCUUAUUUUAUGGCAUCAUAGGAAGCUUUACAGUGAUCACUCCCGUGCUGCUUCACUUUGUCACAAAAGGCUACGUCGUCCGGUUGUACCACGAGGCCACGACGGACACUUACAAAGCCAUUACGUACAGUGUCGUGCUUUCAGAAAAGAGCACACUGUUUCACCAGAAUGAUGUGAAGAUUCCAAGCAGUGCACACAUGUUCACCACGUUUUACGCUAAAACAAAGUCCUUAUUAGUUAAUCCACUACUCUUUCCAAACCCUGAAGACUUUAACCAUCUAAUGGGUUAUGACAAGCCUUUCACUUUUGAUAUGGAAGAAGAAGAUGAAAAGAAACCGCUUCAAGAAGAGAAAUGAGCCUAUUGUUUUUAUGUCUAGGCUCACGUUUGAUUUAUCUUUCACUGUACAGUAAUAAAAUUGCCAUUACUUUUGUAUCUGUAAGUGACUGACGGUUAAACUGUUAGAAAAACCCUGUGAAACAAGAGCUCUGAAUUUUCAGUGAAUGAUAGUCUUUUACAAUAAAAUAAGCUAUGUUUUAAAACACA